UCAUUAAUUCGUUCUCUUUGUGUUUGCUGCCAUUAUUGUGAACACAUGUGUUUUGUUAUUUCACAUCAAACGACGCAAUAAAUUUUCGUUUUUCAUUCAUCAAUUAUCAUUGAAAAACCAUUCAAUUUAAUUUAUUUUCAAUUGCGUUCGUGAACAAAACACAAAGACAACGAUGGUUCGUGCUCCAGCAAAUAAUUUCAAGCGUCCAGGUGGUGAAAAAAGUGCGCAUCAUCAUUUCAAUCGUGAUGAUAGAGGAAAGCCCAGCAAUAAUGGAGCACGCUUCGGUGGUGGUUCACGUAAUGGUGGCGGCGGAUUUGGUGGUGGUGGCGGCAGUAAAAAAUCAGUUGGUGAAAAUUCAUCAUUGUCACAACCCGAUUGGACCUCAAUUCAGUUAAGUGCAUUCAAAAAAGAUUUCUAUAAGCCAAAUGCAAUCGUUCAGCAGCGUUCAGAGUUUGAACUUGAUGCAUUCCGCACUGAGCACAGUAUUACAAUUCGUGGUCGUGCACCGAAUCCAAUCAUCAAUUUUGAUGAAAUCAACAUGCCCGACUAUGUGAUGAACGAAAUUCGUCGACAAGGUUACGAAAAACCAACACCGAUUCAAGCACAAGGUUGGCCAAUUGCGUUGAGUGGAGCGAAUAUGGUUGGCAUCGCAAAAACUGGAAGUGGAAAAACACUUGGUUACAUUUUACCAGCCAUUAUUCACAUCAACAAUCAACCGAGAUUGUAUCGUGGAGAUGGACCGAUCGCAUUAGUGUUGGCACCCACACGUGAACUUGCCCAACAAAUUCAACAAGUAGCCGGCGAAUUUGGUUCCGAAUCACAGGUGCGAAAUACAUGCUGCUUUGGUGGAGCAUCACGUGGCCCACAAGCUCGAGACUUACAGCGGGGAUGUGAAAUUGUUAUAGCCACACCCGGACGAUUGAUUGACUUUUUGGAAUCUGGACAAACCAAUCUUAAACGAUGCACAUAUUUGGUGCUUGAUGAAGCCGAUCGUAUGCUUGACAUGGGUUUCGAGCCACAAAUUCGAAAAAUUAUCGAACAAAUUCGACCAGAUCGUCAAGUAUUGAUGUGGUCUGCAACAUGGCCAAAAGAGGUUCGUAAAUUGGCAGCCGAUUUUCUCGGUGAAGAUUAUAUUCAGCUCAACAUUGGUUCAUUGGAAUUGGCUGCCAAUCACAAUAUUCGGCAAAUCAUUAACGUAUGUGCCGAUUCAGAUAAAGAAGAAAAACUACAAGCAUUGCUCGAAUCAAUCUACGACAGUGACAAAGAAGUUGGAAAAAUUAUCAUUUUUGCGGAAACAAAGGCUCGUGUUGAAACCGUUGCUCGCUACAUUCGGAGCUUUAAUGUCCACUGUGUUGCUAUUCACGGUGAUAAGUCACAACAAGAACGUGACUUUGUGCUGCGACAAUUCCGUACAGGAAAGGCAAACAUUUUAGUAGCAACCGAUGUGGCAGCUCGUGGUUUAGAUGUCGACGGUAUUCGACACGUGGUAAAUUAUGAUUAUCCAGGAAAUUCGGAGGACUAUAUUCAUCGUAUUGGACGUACAGGUCGAUCAGACACUCUUGGAACAUCGUACACAUUUUUCACAGAAAAUAAUGCUCGCCAAGCAUCUGAUUUGGUGUCUGUAUUACGUGAAGCCAAACAGGAAAUCGAUCCAAAACUUUUAGACAUGGCCAAUCGCAAUCGCGGCCGUGGCAAUAACUUUGACAAAGCUAGAAGAUACGGUGGUUUCGGCGGACGAUCAAAUGGUGGAUUCAGAAAUGGCGGUGGCUUCGGUGGCAAUGGAAACAGCUGGAGUGGAAACAGACAACGAAACGGUUAUGGACAGAGCAACGGUGGCGGUUAUUCCAAUGGGAAUACAAGAAAAACAUUCGAUUAAAAUUCAUUUUGCUCUACUAUGUGUUCUAAGUUUUUUUUUUCUCUUCUAAUUCCUAGCUUAAUUUCACCCCCCAAUUUUUUUUCUUUGAGUUAAGUAAAUGAAUUUGCAAUCCAGAGUGUGUAAACAAAACGAAAGAAAAAGAAAACUCAUCAUAAUAUAUUCCCGUAAAUAUUAACAAUUUAUUUAAUUGGAUGUCAGUGUUAGGAGAAUUUUAGGAGAAACAGUGGAAAUAGAAAUAUUACUAAAACGAGACAAUUUGUCUCACAAAUCGUACAAACAUGUAAUUUUUGCAUUUCUGUCCAAUGUCCCCUUUUUCUGGAAAAAUAAAAAAAACCAUAAAUAAAACAAAAUUUCUCUGCUUUUGAGACCGCAAAAAA